GGGAGCGCGAGACUACACGGUUCCCGGGGCGCUUUGCUUUCUCUCGCUGUGUGUGUAUACAGUGUGUAUGUGUGUGCGCGGCUGUGCUCUCUCGCCGAGUGUUGUCACUAUCCGCCCGUGGAGGGGGCCCGUGCCACCGUCUACAGCAUGUAGGACCUGGAUCACCUCGGUGUCUCGAGACGCGUUCCCCCGGUAUCAAACGGAAAAACUGAUUAUAUUACCCAUUGUUGAUGGAAUAUUAUUAACGGACGCCAAACAGGGAUCUAACGGGGAUUUUAACGGCUGGAUAAGGGAGGGGAGAGGGAGUUUCUCCUCGGUAAAUGAGCGGAGAAGAAGCUUCCAUUUUGAGAGAGAAUCAUGGCGAGUGACUCCCCGGCCCGGAGCCUGGAUGAGAUAGACCUGUCAGCGCUACGGGACCCAGCUGGUAUAUUUGAACUAGUGGAGUUGGUGGGAAAUGGAACCUACGGGCAGGUCUACAAGGGUCGCCAUGUCAAAACAGGCCAGCUUGCCGCCAUCAAAGUUAUGGAUGUCACUGGCGAUGAGGAAGAGGAGAUUAAAGCAGAGAUCAACAUGUUGAAGAAGUACAGCCACCAUCGAAACAUCGCUACCUACUACGGUGCCUUCGUCAAGAAGAACCCUCCUGGCAUCGACGACCAGCUAUGGUUGGUGAUGGAGUUCUGUGGGGCAGGCUCAGUAACAGAUCUGAUUAAGAACACCAAGGGGAACACUCUGAAGGAGGAGUGGACUGCCUACAUCUGCAGAGAGAUCCUCAGGGGUCUGACCCAUCUCCACCAACACAAGGUCAUCCACAGAGACAUCAAGGGUCAGAACGUCCUGCUGACAGAGAACGCAGAGGUCAAACUGGUGGACUUUGGUGUGAGUGCCCAGUUGGACCGCACGGUGGGGAGGAGGAACACGUUUAUAGGGACACCAUAUUGGAUGGCUCCUGAAGUCAUCGCCUGCGACGAAAACCCUGAGGCCACCUACGACUUCAAGAGUGACCUGUGGUCUCUGGGUAUUACGGCUAUAGAGAUGGCAGAAGGGGCACCGCCACUGUGUGACAUGCACCCAAUGAGAGCUCUCUUCCUCAUCCCCAGAAACCCCGCCCCCAGACUCAAGUCCAAGAAGUGGUCUAAGAAGUUCCAGUCGUUCAUAGAGAGUUGCUUGGUGAAGAGUCAUGGUCAGAGACCCAGCACAGAACAACUUUUGAAGCACCCGUUCAUCAGAGAGCUGCCCAACGAACGACAGGUCCGCAUCCAACUGAAGGACCACAUCGACAGAACCAAGAAGAAACGUGGAGAGAGGGAUGAAACAGAGUAUGAGUACAGUGGCAGUGAGGAAGAGGAGGAGGAACGGGACAUGGGGGAGCCAAGCUCCAUCAUCAACGUCCCUGGGGAGUCGACGUUAAGGCGGGACUUCCUGCGGCUGCAGCUGGCCAAUAAGGAGCGUUCUGAGGCUCUGCGGAGGCAGCAGUUGGAGCAACAGCAGAAUGAGGAACACAAACGCCUCCUGUUGGCAGAACGACAGAAACGCAUAGAGGAGCAGAAAGAACAGAGGAGGAGACUGGAGGAGCAACAGCGUAGGGAGCGCGAGAUGAGGAAGCAACAGGAGAGAGAACAGAGGAGACACUAUGAAGAGAUGGAACAACUACGGAGAGAUGAGGAGAGGAGGCAUGCAGAGAGAGAACAGGUACACACACAGGAGUAUAUCCGUAGGCAGCUGGAGGAGGAGCAAAGACAGCUGGAGAUUCUACAGCAACAACUACUCCAGGAGCAGGCUCUACUGAUGGAGUACAAGCGUAAGCAGAUUGAGGAGCAGCGCCAGGCUGAGCGGCUCCAGAGACAGUUGCAGCAGGAGAGGGCCUACCUGGUGUCCUUACAGCAGCAGCAGCAGGAGCCACGGCCGCAAGACAACAAACAGCUGUACCACUACAAAGACACAGCCCCUAAUAACGACAAACCUGCCUGGGCCAAGGAGGUAAUGCGUCAAGCCCAGAGUAACUCACCUCGUAUUCCUCCCAAGAAGCACCACUCCUUUAACCAGCCUCGAGAUGCCAACCUAUCACACCUCCUGCUCCCUGGUUACACCCCCCGCUCCCGUCCCCCUUCCUACCCUGCCCAAUCAAGUCCCUCCAGGGAGAGGCUUCUCCAAUCUGAAGGCAAAAAUGUGAACGUUCCGUGUAUACGUGUAUCCUGUGCCCCUGAUCCCGCCCCUGACUCCUCUCAUCCAAUCAUGCGUCGCCCUGAAGCCAGAAGGAGGAGCCCUGAGGGAGAAGUUCAGGAGUUGAGGGGGAUGUGUCCAGGUCAACGGGUGGAGGAGCGUUCCAAGCUGAACAGACAGAGUUCUCCAGCGCUGCAUCAUAAAGUGUCCAACCGUAUCUCCGACCCGUCCCUGCCUCCCCGCUCAGAGUCCUUCAGCAGCGGGGGCAUUCAGCAGGCCCGAACACCACCCAUGCACCGCUCCGCAGAACCACAGAUGGCCCACCUGGUGCAGGUGAAGUCCCAUGGUCUGUCUGGGUCCCAGUCUCUUCACGACCCUGCAGGGGUCACAGGCCUGUCCCCCUCCCCAUCCCCAUCCCCCGGCCGUCCCCCCAUGCCCCGCCAGAACUCUGACCCCACCUCAGACACCCCUCCUCCUAUUCCUCUCCCCCGCCUCGCUCCCCCACUCGACAAACUGGAGCGCAGCUCCUGGCUACGAACGGACCUAGACCUACCUCCCAAGGUGCCCCAGAGGACCACGUCUAUCUCUCCAGCCCUGGUCAGGAAGAACUCACCUGGGAAUGGACCUGGGGGCCUUGCUCCUAGAGCUGGAUCACACCUGAUACGGGCCAGUAACCCAGACCUGCGGAGGACUGAUGUCUCCAUGGAAACACCCCUGAAGAGGACGGGCAGCAGCAGUUCCUCCAGCUCCUCCCAGGGGGGAAGCAACGAGAGAGGGGCGGAGGGGUCCGUGGCGCCGCCCCAGAAGACCAAAGAAGAGAACAGAGAUGUGACACUGACACGACCGAGCAGGCCCGCGAGCUAUAAGAGAGCUGUAGAUGAGGACCUGACGGCUCUGGCCAAAGAGCUGAGGGAGCUGCGACAGGGGGAGGAGCCUAACCGCCCGCCCGUCAAGGUGACGGACUACUCCUCGUCCAGUGAUGAGUCACAGAGUGAUGAGGAGGGAGAGGGAAGAAGUAACGACGGCUCUGUGUCUGUCAGCGACAUCCCACGCAUCAUGCCGGCUGCGGGGCAGAGUGGCGGUGAGUCGUACGGUGUGAUGGGAGGACAUGAUGAUUCCCACGGCAACAGUUCCCAAGACAGCUCCCUGAUGAGAGAGACUUAUGGGGACAGGAGGCGGAGCUCCGCUCUCGCCGACAGCAACGGUUUCCCCGGCAACGCCAAUCUGCCCGAUCUGGUGCAGCAAAGCCCCUCCCCCCUGGUCUCCCCUGGCAAUGGCUCUGGGCGCAGCCACUCCGAAUACGGUGUGGGCAGUGGCAGUGGCUCCAAGUCCUCCUCCUUCACGCCAUUCGUUGAUCCACAAGUCUACGGAACCUCCCCCACCGAUGAUGAUGAUGAUAACUCUGCGUCCGCCCACUUUGCGAACGAGCUGCUGCUUCAGGAGCAGGCCAGACUGAACGAGGCCAGAAAGAUCAGCGUGGUCAACGUGAACCCAACCAACAUACGACCUCACAGCGACACGCCUGAGAUACGCAAAUACAAGAAACGCUUCAACUCUGAGAUACUGUGUGCUGCUCUCUGGGGUGUGAACCUGCUGGUGGGGACAGAGAACGGUCUGAUGUUGCUGGACCGUAGUGGUCAAGGGAAGGUCUAUAACCUGAUCAACCGCCGACGCUUCCAACAGAUGGACGUUCUGGAGGGACUCAAUGUCCUAGUCACCAUAUCAGGGAAGAAGAAUAAGUUGCGUGUGUACUACCUGUCCUGGCUGAGGAACAGGAUAUUACACAACGACCCCGAGGUGGAGAAGAAGCAGGGCUGGGUCACUGUAGGAGAGAUGGAGGGCUGCGUGCACUACAAAGUCGUGAAGUAUGAGAGGAUCAAGUUUCUGGUGAUCGCUCUGAAGAACUCAGUGGAGAUCUUUGCCUGGGCGCCCAAACCCUACCACAAGUUCAUGGCCUUCAAGUCGUUCACUGACCUGCAGCACCGCCCCCAGCUGGUUGACCUGACAGUGGAGGAGGGUCAGAGGUUAAAGGUUAUCUAUGGCUCCAGCAUCGGGUUCCAUGUCAUCGAUGUCGACUCUGGCAACCCUUAUGACAUCUACAUUCCCUCCCACAUUCAGAGUCAGGUGACGCCCCAUGCCAUCGUGGUGCUGCCGCGGACCGACGGGAUGGAGAUGCUGCUGUGUUACGAGGACGAGGGCGUCUACGUCAACACCUACGGACGCAUCACUAAAGACGUGGUGUUGCAGUGGGGAGAGAUGCCUACAUCUGUUGCCUACAUCCACUCCAACCAGAUCAUGGGCUGGGGAGAGAAGGCCAUUGAGAUCCGCUCCGUGGAGACGGGACACCUCGAUGGAGUUUUCAUGCACAAGCGAGCUCAGCGACUGAAGUUCCUGUCGGAGAAGAACGACAAGGUGUUUUUCGCCUCUGUGCGUUCCGGCGGCAGCAGCCAAGUCUUCUUCAUGACCCUGAACCGGAGCUCUAUGAUGAACUGGUAACCCUGGUAACCCCUCCUCCUUACAUCCUCCCUCCAUACUGUACAUCCCUAACCAGAGGACAGGAUGGAGGGAUGAAGAGGGAGAACUGAGACAGACGAGUGAACACAGAGACGGGAGGAGGAGAGAGUCUCCCAGCCAGGCAGACGUUUGCAGUACCAACCUACCUCCACAAGAGGAACCAGAGAGGAACAGCAACUCUGCAGAUCACACUCAGACAACUCUUUCUCUCUGUUGUGUUAGUUUCUCUCAGGCUUCGUCCGAGAUGGCCCCCAAUUUCCUAUAUAGUGCAAUACUUUUGGUCAGAGUAGCCAUUUUGGACGUAGCCUCCGUGUUUAUCCCAGGUGUUGUUGUUUUUGAGAGGUGGUGACAGGAUGUGCUAGUGUAGUCUCCCUAAUGGGGUCAGGGACCAAGCGUAUUGUCAUGACCCCUGACCUUUGUGUGUAUAUAUGGUGGGGGUGAGUGUAGAUUCCUGACUGCUGGAGCAGUUGAAAAAAUACCAAUAUUGUCACCAAAAAUAUGAUAUUCUUGGCAUAGAUGCCAUUCUUGUUCUAGUUCACCUGUGCUCCCCACUUUCUCUGCGAAUGUUCUAUUUGACAGUCGAUCUAUUUGCCAUAUUUCUAUCGUUACACAUCUGUAAAUGCCACAUUCUAUGAUCUGAAACAGACCUGCUUUCCUAUUGGACACUCUUACACUGAGACGGAACAACAGAGAAAAGGAAGACAGGAUGAUGAGAGAACGAGAGCAGUCUGAGUUUGUUUCCUUUAUCUUCCUCCUGUUUUGGUGGGGGUUUUGGGCUUCCAUGGUGACAUCACUAUUUUUGUAAAUGAGUUAGACCAAUAAGAAAGAGUUCCAAUCCUCUCUGCCAAUAGCAGCUAAUUUUCUGUUUUCCCCUCCCCACUCAAACCACUCCCAGAUAGUACUAGCAAAAUUAUUGCUUAAGAAAUUGCUCUUUGCUA